GCGUCGUCAGUCGUGAACGCGCGUUUGCCAAAAGCGGACGAACCUGUGGCGCACGGCGUCCAAAACUACCAGCCACGCUGUCGGCGCUUUCUAUCCAAAAUUCGCACCUACCGUAAAACAAUGUCCACUUAGUUUUUCACCCCUCCGGGUCACCAUCUCUUCGCGACUUUCUUUCUUUUUUGUUACACCCUUUCAACUAUCGCUACAUUUAUGACGAUGGACUUUCAAAGUGCCAUGGAGACCUUCGCGGAAGCCUGGGUUGCUGCCAAUUCCAAGACCGCCCCCAUGGAGCUCGCCACUCAGAGCCAGGCGCUAGCGCUGACGAGGAACUGCAAGGCGACGCCGCCUCCGCCGCCGUCGCAGUCCGCGGUCUCUUCGCAACCGAUGUCAGCGGCGGCGUCGACCCCAUCUGCGGCGGCUGGAGGUUGUUCCAGUCGGGACUCCGCCGAGCGGGGAUCUAGUCCGGUGGUGGUGGACCGCUCCGGGACACCGUUGGAUGUCCCCAUGGUAUCAUCUCCGUCUAUCAAGGAGGAGUACGAGGCUAACGCCGCCGCCUCAGCAUCGGCCUCCGCCAAAUCUUCUUCGUCUGGUAAAUCCUUACCCGUGCAUUGCAUCGUGGAGGCGGUGUGCACCUUGGACGAGAGCAGGGCCAUCCACCAAUCGUCCUGGCGCAGGAGGUCGCUUAUCGAAACUGACAGUUUUGUAAUUAUACCAGUCUCGACGCCCUUCCAUGACCUUGUCCAGACGGCCCUACUGCGAUUAGGGUACUCCGCCGAAAGUGCGGCUGCAGCUAAAGGGUCUGUGGUUAUAAAGAACUGGAAAGCUCUCAACUUCGAUCAGAUCACCGAAGAUCCUCUGGUCAGCGUCGGUGAUAUCCUGGGCGAGCUUACAACCGUCGCCACCCUUAAGAUACAAGUGUUCCGUGGUCGACCUGGAUCGUUCAUGGACGCGAAAGACAAGCUGCUGCGGUACCUUUUGGUGCAAUCGCACGGGUUGCUCGUAUCUGCAGGAUGUCCACUAGAUGAGAUUAUGCUCUCACAGAUGUGUAGGGGCGGUGCCAGCAACAUCCCGCCGGAGAUGAGCGAAGAAUGUAAGAGAAAAUUUGAUCAGUGGUGGGCGGCACAAUGCAAUCCACAAUCACCGGGUCGCGUCCACCUGGGGCCACCCCCAAGUCAAUUCUCGAAUGCCGCCGUGCAUCAGCACCAACACCAGCAUCAGCCGAGCAAGGCUCAUGAACGACCUCAUCUCGUCGAUCCCGGUCAUCAUCCGGCCAUGCAGACGGUGCACAACCAAUUCCCUACGCAGAAAACCCGGAUGAGGACGAGCUUUGAUCCAGAAUUGGAACUACCGAAAUUGCAGCGAUGGUUUGCCGACAACCAGCAUCCGAGUAGGCAGCAGAUCCAGCAAUACGUAAAGGAAUUGAAUAGCUUGGAAUCACGACGUGGUCGGAAACCUUUAGACGUAAACAACGUCGUCUACUGGUUCAAGAACGCUCGUGCUGCCCAGAAACGAGCGGAAGUUCGAAACGUGGGGCCCGGCAUGCCGUGCCACCUAUCUUCCGGGAAUGGUUACAAUAAUCACAGUCCGACGAACGGCGCCGGAUUCCUCUUGGCCGAUGGAUACCUAAAUUCCGAACGACUUGAGCACCGAUUAAAAAAUAACUAUCGCGGUCGAGGUCCAAACAUGUCGGAUGACUUCUCAAACGCAGGUUCCGACAUGGAAGAGGACGAUAUGCAGGAUACGCAACCCGCUAGUCCAGUGGGUCCGCUCUCGCUGACCACCAACCGGAAAGACGAAACAAGGGAGGACAGUCCGCGUACUUCAACUCCUUUGAAUGAAGCUCACGUUGAAUCAAUUAUUGAGCCCAAGGAGGAACCGAUCAACUACCACUCAUCCAGCGACCACUCGAACAAUAACAAGGUUCAGAUAUCCGACGUCGAGGAUGAAGACAUGGACAACGAGGCAGACAAUAAAAAUAAUUUUGAAAUAGUCUCCCCAAUGAUCAGACCAAUCUCGCAGCAGCGUAUCUGCGGAUCACCGGACGCGGACAACCAGAUGCUGUUCCAUCGUCCUGGCGGCGAGAGCUUGGAAAGACUGGCCGCCAGCUUCCCAAUAGUCCCAAAUUCAAUGUUCAGCCACAGCAUUAUGUACAUGAGCCAGUACAUCCCCGGCCUGUCGCACACCGCCACAUCUCCGCCCGGUUCGAGUGCCCUGGCAAUGUCCGCCCUCUCCGCCGAUGAGCGUCGCAAGAGGAAUCGCACCUUCAUAGAUCCGGUGACGGAAGUGCCGCGUCUCGAGCAGUGGUUCUCGAUGAACACGCAUCCUUCGCACAACCUUAUCCUUAAGUACACGGAGGAGUUGAAUUGCAUGGCGUAUCGCCAGAAGUUUCCGCGCUUAGAGCCGAAGAAUGUUCAGUUCUGGUUCAAGAACAGACGCGCCAAAUGUAAACGACUCAAGAUGUCUCUGUUCGACAGCCAGACUUCAGGGCAUUUCCAUCACGGGGAGAAGGAAUAGUCAGUGUAUAAUAUUGUUUUUUAUUUUGUUUUGUUGUAGCUAUUAAAAGUAAAUGAUGAGUGCCAGUGAGAUAGUAUGUGAGAGUGAUUGCGAGAUAGAGAGAGAGUGAGUGGAGGAGAGUAACAGUGCUUCUACCACUUUUGAUCCGUACUUAGGUAUUAUAUAUAUAUAUAUACAGUGGAACCUCGCUUAACGAGUUUAAUCCGUUCUAAAAUUUCCGGAUUUUUACUCGUAUAGUGAAACAUAUU